CUUGGGAUAUCACACAAUUUCCUCUCUCUCUCUCUCUCGAUCUAAUGGCCUUUUCUUAAUUUCUCUUGAGUUUUUCCCCCCUUCGUAGAUAUUUCUCUUCAGAUUUUGUAUCAAAAGCCUCUACUUUAAUUAUCUAUCACUUCUUUUUUCUGUUGGUUCUUGGAUUGUGUUGUGGUUUCAAACAUGGGCGAGGACAAGGCUAUCAGUCUGGAGGAGAUAAAAAAUGAGACUGUUGAUCUGGAGCGAAUUCCGAUCGAGGAAGUGUUCGAACAAUUGAAAUGUACCCGGGAGGGUUUGACCUCAGAGGAGGGAGCCAGCAGGCUUCAGAUCUUUGGCCCCAACAAGUUAGAAGAGAAAAAGGAGAGCAAGCUACUGAAGUUCCUUGGUUUCAUGUGGAAUCCGCUGUCAUGGGUCAUGGAGGCUGCAGCCCUUAUGGCAAUUGUGCUUGCGAACGGAGAUGGGAAGCCCCCGGAUUGGCAGGACUUUGUCGGUAUCGUCUGCUUGCUCGUUAUCAACUCCACCAUCAGUUUCAUCGAAGAAAACAACGCGGGCAAUGCUGCUGCUGCGCUUAUGGCUGGCCUUGCUCCCAAGACAAAGGUGCUUAGAGAUGGCAAAUGGAGUGAGGAAGAAGCUGCAAUUCUGGUUCCAGGAGACAUCAUCAGCAUCAAAUUAGGAGACAUCAUCCCAGCUGAUGCCCGUCUUCUCGAGGGCGAUCCUUUAAAGGUGGAUCAAUCUGCCCUCACUGGAGAAUCACUUCCUGUGACCAAGAAUCCCGGGGAUGAAGUCUUCUCCGGUUCAACUUGCAAACAAGGAGAAAUCGAAGCAGUUGUCAUUGCCACUGGUGUGCACACCUUCUUCGGAAAGGCUGCACAUCUUGUCGACAGCACGAACCAAGUUGGUCACUUCCAAAAAGUGCUCACUGCCAUCGGUAACUUCUGCAUAUGCUCCAUUGCCGUGGGAAUGCUGGUUGAAAUCAUAGUCAUGUACCCAAUUCAGCACCGCAAGUACAGAGACGGGAUUGACAAUCUCCUCGUGCUCUUGAUCGGAGGAAUUCCAAUUGCCAUGCCAACUGUCUUGUCUGUGACAAUGGCUAUUGGAUCCCACAGGUUGUCGCAGCAAGGCGCCAUCACCAAGAGAAUGACUGCCAUAGAAGAGAUGGCUGGUAUGGAUGUUCUCUGCAGUGAUAAGACCGGGACAUUGACGCUUAACAAGCUUAGCGUCGAUAAAACCUUGAUAGAGGUCUUCGCAAAGGGUGUUGAAAAAGACCAUGUGAUCUUGCUGGCUGCAAGAGCAUCUAGGACUGAAAACCAGGAUGCUAUUGAUGCCGCCAUAGUUGGAAUGCUCGCCGACCCUAAGGAGGCAAGAGCUGGAAUUAGAGAGGUGCACUUUUUCCCAUUCAAUCCUGUGGACAAGAGAACUGCUUUGACUUACAUUGAUUCUAAUGGAAACUGGCAUAGAGCAAGCAAAGGUGCUCCUGAGCAGAUUUUGACUCUAUGCAACUGCAAAGAGGAUGUGAAGAGGAAGGUUUUUGGUGUUAUUGACAAGUUUGCUGAACGCGGGCUUCGAUCUUUGGCUGUUGCUAGACAGGAAGUGCCUGAGAAAAGCAAGGAUAGCCCUGGAGCUCCAUGGCAGUUUGUUGGGUUGUUACCCCUUUUUGAUCCUCCUCGACAUGACAGUGCAGAAACUAUCCGCCGGGCUCUUAACCUCGGUGUUAAUGUCAAGAUGAUUACUGGGGAUCAACUUGCCAUUGCAAAGGAGACUGGCCGACGACUUGGAAUGGGAACAAACAUGUAUCCGUCUGCUUCCUUACUUGGUCAAGACAAGGAUGCAAGCAUCGCUGCCCUUCCCGUCGAGGAGUUGAUCGAGAAGGCAGAUGGAUUUGCUGGAGUGUUUCCAGAACACAAGUAUGAAAUCGUGAAGAAGUUGCAGGAGAGGAAGCACAUUUGUGGAAUGACGGGUGAUGGUGUCAACGAUGCCCCUGCUCUUAAGAAAGCAGAUAUCGGAAUUGCUGUUGCUGAUGCUACUGAUGCCGCACGAGGUGCUUCUGAUAUCGUUCUCACCGAACCAGGUUUAAGUGUCAUCAUCAGUGCAGUGUUGACCAGCAGAGCUAUUUUUCAGAGGAUGAAGAACUACACGAUCUAUGCAGUUUCGAUCACAAUUCGUAUUGUGUUCGGUUUCAUGUUCAUCGCUCUCAUAUGGAAGUUCGACUUCUCUCCUUUCAUGGUUUUGAUUAUCGCCAUCUUAAAUGAUGGAACCAUUAUGACAAUCUCAAAGGAUAGAGUAAAACCGUCUCCAUUACCCGAUAGCUGGAAAUUGAAAGAAAUUUUUGCAACUGGAAUUGUCCUUGGAGGCUACUUGGCAUUGAUGACUGUCAUUUUCUUCUGGCUGAUGAAGGAAACUGACUUCUUCUCGGACAAAUUCGGUGUGAAAAAUCUUAGGUUGAGCCCCAAUGCCGAGCAUGAAAUGAUGGCUGCUCUAUACCUGCAAGUGAGUAUUGUCAGCCAGGCACUCAUUUUCGUCACUCGAUCACGCAGCUGGUCCUUUUUUGAACGCCCGGGAAUGCUAUUAGUCAGUGCUUUCAUAAUUGCACAACUGGUAGCAACUCUCAUAGCAGUCUACGCUGACUGGAGCUUUGCAAGAAUAAAAGGAAUCGACUGGGGAUGGGCCGGGGUCAUCUGGAUUUACAGCAUUGUAUUCUACGUGCCGCUUGAUAUAAUGAAGUUCGCCACCCGCUACAUCCUAAGUGGAAAGGCUUGGUUGAACUUGCUAGAAAACAAGACUGCCUUCACCACCAAGAAAGAUUAUGGUAAAGAGGAAAGAGAAGCUCAAUGGGCCCUUGCUCAGAGAACCUUACAUGGACUUCAACCACCCGAAACUACUAACCUCUUCCCCGAGAAGAGCAGCUACAGAGAGCUCUCUGAGAUCGCCGAGCAGGCCAAGAGACGAGCUGAGGUUGCAAGGCUUCGUGAGCUUCACACGCUCAAGGGACACGUUGAGUCGGUGGUGAAGCUGAAGGGGCUGGACAUCGACACGAUCCAGCAGCAUUACACAGUGUGAUCAUGCCAACCGUGAAGAAACGAAACUUGAGAGGAAAAGGGGCUGCAACCAAAUGAUGUAUCUAAGAGAGAAAAGA